AUGGCGCAUGAAGCUCCUCUGACUCGUGCCAUGGUGUCAAAAUUUCUUCGUUCUUACCUUCAAGGGAUUACGGAAGAAGAUAAACACCCCUGGGACUUGAAUUACUCCGUUGACCGUCACAAACCGCUGCUUAGGACGUGGGAUAAGUGGUCUGGCAGCCAACCAAGCCAACGAAAUAUUAUGCUUUCAAGACUGCCGCGUCAACGUCUGGACAGCUCGGAACUUCGCAAGAAAUUUCUGGCUACGCACGCUGACUACAAGGAUUGGACACCGACUCCUUUUAUCUCGUUCACUCAGUUGAAGCAAGACUUGGAAGAAAAUGCAGUAUUCAGAGCUGCAAAACGCGAUUCUCAGAGAAUCACCGUUGUCAACCCAAAUGUCCGAAUAGAGAACGGCUUUCCGAUCCUUAACAUGGAUAUCGAAAUGCGUCACUAUGGAAUACGGGACCCUUAUAAUCGAUCAAAUGAAUAUUACAGGGACCACUACAUCUGUCUAUGGGAAGUCACAGAACCCGAGGUCGUCGGACACUGGCAAUGGGAUGAUCUAAAGGGAAAUAACCGCUGGUACGAAGAAAUUAUUAUGCCGGCCUUUGAAAAGCAUAACGAGAGAAGCUUCGCCUUGUCCGCACGUAGAGAGACAUUGGAUAUGUCCGCUUUGUUGGGCGCCUUGCCGGACAACUCUUGGCCAUUAAUCGGAAAGGAAUCUCCUGGUCGUCUUAGUGCACUCUUUUCCGAAGGGAAUGCCAGCAGUGACGAGGACGAAGUCAACCGCGAGGAAGAAUAUAACUCAUAUGACUCAUAUGAUUCGUACGAUGAGGGAGAGGCCAAUGCAAUAGAUAACUUGUUCAAGAUACUCGAAGGUGAUUGGUGA